CCCCGUAGAUGAGUUGACUUGCCUGUUCAGAUGGCUGUUUUGAGACAGACACAAAGUGGGAGAGGAGACAGAGAGAGGUCUUUUGGAAGUGGGAGGGGGCAGACGGGGAUGCACAGGUGGAGCACAGAUUGAAAAUAGGCAGUGGGGUGAGGUGGAGCGUUUGCUGACUGCCCGGGCUCACAGCUAUUCAGGGACAGGUUGGACUGGUUUCGCCUCCACAAUACCUGUAUCUCUGCUGUGCUCAGUCCUUUAUACCAGCACAGAAGGAGGAAGAGGUGAACCAGAUAAAGAGGCUGUGGAAAGAGUGAAAGGGUUCUCUGUAUAUUUCAACAUUUGACCCAGAAAGGAAUUUCAAGAUGCCUAGGGACGAAGAAUUUUAUGGAAAGCACGGCGAGCCAAGGAAGUAUGACCCAGCUUUCAAGGGCCCGAUCCAGAACAGGAGCUGCACAGACAUCGUGUGCUGCAUCCUCUUCAUUAUUGCCAUACUGGGUUAUAUUGCAGUGGGAAUACUCGCCUGGUCCCAGGGUGACCCCAGAAAGGUGAUCUAUCCCACAGACAGUCGAGGCCAGUUCUGUGGGCAGGCUGGCACCCCACUCGAGAACAAGCGUCUGUUGUUCUACUUCAACAUCAUGAAAUGUGCCAGCCCCAUGGUGCUGCUGGAGUUCCAGUGCCCAACCACACAGAUGUGUGUGGAAAAGUGCCCCGAAAAGUUCAUGACAUUAGUCAAAGCCUACGCCAACAAAAAAGACUUUGACUACUACAAGAACUUCUGUGAGGAAGGCGUGACAAAUACAAUGGGUGUAGCACAAAUCCUUGCGUUAGGUCUCUGUCCUGCCAUGCUGACCCCCAGCAAGCCCUUCACACGCAGGUGUUUCCCAGCUUUGGGCCUGAAAGGAGGGAUGAUAACUGUGGGAAACAACUCUAAGUUUGAUGAUGGAAUGGGAAACAUGAGAGAUGCCAAGGAUCUUGUGGAUGGAGUGAAGAAUGCCACUGUGGUUAUCGAGGCUCGUCAGGUGGUCAUGAAAAUCUUUGAGGAUUACACGCAGUCCUGGUACUGGAUUCUCCUAGGGCUGGUUAUUGCUAUGCUCACCAGCCUGCUCUUCAUCAUCCUCCUGCGCUUCCUGGCAGGGAUCAUGGUCUGGAUCAUGAUUGCCUUGGUGAUAAUAGUCAUAGGAUAUGGUAUCUUCCACUGCUACAUGGAGUAUGCUGCCUUGAAGGGAGAGCCAGGAGCUAAUGUGACCCUACAGGAACUGGGCUUCCAGACAGACUUCUCAGUCUACCUGCAGAUUAGACAGACCUGGCUGGCCUUCAUGAUUAUCCUGGCCAUUGUGGAGGUCAUCAUCAUCCUACUGCUCAUCUUCCUCAGGAAAAGGAUUCUCAUUGCCAUCGCUCUCAUCAAAGAAGCCAGCAGAGCCAUCGGGCACGUGAUGUGUUCCCUUUUCUACCCACUGUUCACCUUCCUGCUCCUGGCCAUAGUCAUCGCCUACUGGGCAGUAACUGCUGUUUUCUUGUCUACCUCCAAUGAGCCCAUCUACAAAGUUUUCAAUGAGACAGCAUGUGAGCACUCGAGGAAAAUUUGUGAGCCAACUAACUACACCACCAGUCCUAUGAAAGCGCAGUGUCCUGACUCCCAGUGCCUUUUUGCCUUCUACGGAGGAGAGACUGUUUACCACAAAUACCUGAUCGGUCUGCAGUUCUACAACGUCUUCCUCUUCUUCUGGUGUGCCAACUUUGUCAUUGCUCUGGGACAGAUGACCCUGGCCGGGGCCUUUGCCUCGUACUACUGGGCCUUUGUCAAGCCAGAUGACAUGCCUGCCUUCCCUGUCUUUUCUUCCCUAGGGAGAUCUCUCAGGUAUCAUACAGGAAGCCUGGCAUUUGGCUCCCUCAUUCUCUCCAUCAUUCAGAUCAUCAGGGUUCUGCUGGAGUAUCUAGACCACAAGCUGAAAGGAGCCCAAAAUAAGUUUGCAAAGUUCCUGUUGUGCUGUCUGAAGUGCUGCUUCUGGUGUCUGGAGAAAUGCAUCAAGUUCCUAAACAGAAAUGCCUACAUUAUGGUGGCGAUGUAUGGCAAAAACUUUUGCACGUCAGCCAGAGAUGCCUUCUUCCUCCUCAUGAGGAACAUGAUCAGGGUGGCUGUCUUGGAUAAAGUGACUGAUUUCCUCCUGUUUUUGGGGAAACUGCUCAUUGUUGGGCUUGUGGGCGUCUUUGCCUUCUUUUUCUUCUCUGGAAGAGUGAAGGCCUUUGAGAAUACAGCGCCCAAUCUCCACUACUACUGGGUACCCAUCCUGACUGUGGUGAUUGGCUCCUACCUCAUCGCCCAUGGAUUCUUCAGUGUGUACGCCAUGUGUGUGGACACUCUGUUCCUCUGUUUCUGUGAAGACCUGGAGCGCAAUGACGGUUCAGCCGCAAGGCCUUAUUACAUGUCGUCAACUCUUCAUGAGAUUCUGUGGAAGAACAAGGCUGAGGAUCCGUCUUCGUCUGCUGCUCAGCAACAAGACAGUGAAGACAUCCAGUUGAAACAACAGCAGACUAAAGAUGAGGAUGAAUCUUAGAGAGGAGGAGUUUUUUUAGGAAAGACACUCAAGAUUUUUCACUGAAUUACAGGCACAACAAAAUCCCACACUUUUUUAACCACUAUAGGUCAAUACUGUCUUAAAUUACAUUAGUUAGGAGCUGGUACUUUGUUGUUGCCUACUGGGAAAUUCUCUUUUGCACUUAACCCACUUAGAUUGUGGUGCAACUAUAUAACACAAUGCCUUAAAGUGGCAGGGUUCAGUGUUUUUUUUUUUUUUUUCUGCACUCAAGAAAGCGGUUACAAUCCUCUGAGUUACAGACUGAAUCAAAGACUGAGUCCUUUAUUCACAGCUGAUCGGUGCAUAAUGUUUCCUUUAACUUAACUGUCCUUUAAUGCAAGGAAACAUGGGAGAUGAAACGUUUUCUUAAUUGACCAUUCACUAAGUCCCUCCUCCAGACAGUGAUUGUCCAAUCAUAGCAACCAUAACUAGUUGCUACAGGCCUAUCAAGUUUUUGGUUUCUACACAUGUUGAGGCACUGUGGAUGUAGUGGCAGCGAAACUGGGCCUGUGGAGAAUUUGGACUGUGAUGUCUUCUGUGUGAGCUGUGCAAAAUUAAAAACAUAAGAGCAAAAGUUUAAGGAACAAUGUAUUUAUCUGCUCUAACGAGAUGCAAUCAUUAGCAGUGCUCCCUGCAGUAGUAACCUAGAGUUACUUCCAAAGCCAAGGAAUAAUUAUAAUAUAAUGAUAUUGCCACCAGUGAAGCAUAAAUGUAACAUAUGUUGUAUGUUGCGUGUUUGGCUUAGCAGCCAAAUAAGGAUAUGUUCAAAUGAAGUAAGUCUAAUCCAUAAACAGCAUAUUUAAGGUUCUUUUACAGAGUUUUCAUUUUUAAAAUAAGACAGGUGGAAAUAUUGGAAAAAAAGAGGCAAAUUUUUAACUGACUAUAUCGUUAGCUUGAUCGGUUAGCUAGUUACAGCUAACAACAUUUUAUUGCGACUUGUCAUUUCAGCUGGAAAAAUCAAUGGUGGCCGUAGAGAUGAGAUGUUGUGUUUGUCUACCUCUGUCUGAAGUGAUGGACCUAUUGUUUCAAAAAUAAUAAGUAUUUUUAGUGAUGAAUCUGCUUCCCUCGUCACUGUUAACUGCUUCUGUGCUGUGCUGGAGUGUGAAGCUUGUAGCUAAGGAGGCCUGGGGCUUAGUGAAUGGUCAGUUGAACAUGAAGCAUGUUGGAAUGAGUGGUUUAAAUAGUGCACAGGAACAUUACAUACGCAUAAUUUGCUGCAUGAUUAAUAUGAUGAAAUGGUGGUCUCUUGUUGGAAGUGAUGAUAUUUACUUAGAGUAGAAACUUUCUCUUAUUAAGAGCCAGGUCUUUCUUUACCUUUUACAUGACGUGGUGCUUGGAAUGUCUGUAGUUGGUUUAUGGCAGUCAGAGCUGCUUCACUGAGUAUCUUGAUGUGAAUGGCUUGAUCUGAGGUAAACUGACAUUUCUACAAUAGUUUUUUGCAUUUGAAUAGUUCCUCCCACUGCCACUGACCAGUUGAAACUUGAAGCCAUUCAUGUGCCUAAUUUACAGUAUUAAUGUUGGUCUGUUUGCACCUGUGACUUCAGAUUUUAAGGGUAUCUACUUGUUUACAGUUCAUGCAAUCAGAGCCACAUGAUCAUCAGUGCUACUUCUUAAGUAUGCUGUGCUGUCAAUGCACUUUAAUUUCUGUUCAAAGCCAUAACAGAUUUGUAUCUGUAUGAAUGAAUACUGGUGAUUUCCUUGAAGCUAGUUGUUUUGUAGUCUUUUAUGUUGAUGUUUUUACUGUAAAACAAUGUAGAUUUGCAUUCAGUGCCCCUUGACAAAAGAAUGUGUGCAGCUGGUUAAAUAAACAGUAUUUGAAGCAACAAGUCUUUGCUGCGUAAAACAACAGUAUUUAAACUAAAAUAGAUGUUGAAAUGUUGUUGGUGAUUGAGCUAUUGAUGACAGCAUCAUGCCUUUUUUUCUACAGAACUGGAAACAAGCCAAAUUAAUUAUGUCUCUCUUCAAAUAUAUUGGUAUUGAGUAUUAACUGUGAAAGUUGAAAGUACUCGGCUCUAUUUAGGCUGUAGAAUGUCUCUGCUGUACGCAAAAAAGAAAAAACUGUGCCUCAGAGUUUGAAAUAAAAACUUCCGCUUUAAUGAGUUUAA